CUAUUUGCUGAUAUUUUCUCUGUCCUCAUCAUGCCCCGUUGCCAAACAAAAAAGCCACGUUGACGAACUGGACUGAAGUCUACUGCUGCUGUUUUUCGCAGAAAAAUAGAUCUAAACGAGCGUUUUUCACUCUUCCGAAAUAUAUACAUUAGAUUACAGAUGUCUUCGCCUCCGAAGGAAAAAAUCGAGACCAAAGGAGGACAUCUCCCGGCUGUGAAGGCAGGGGGGAUGAGGAUCGUGCAGAAGCACCAGGGAGCAGCUCCACCUGAGCCGCCUCCUGUCAAGGACAAGGACGACGAGGAGUUUGUGGAGGAGCCUAGCCCACCAAAGCCCACUGUGGUCGUGUCAGGAGUGGUUACAAAGGGUGAUAAGGACUUCACCCCGGCGGCAGCCCAGGUAGCUCACCAGAAGCCCCAGCCGUCUGUCACCAAGAUGCCCCAGAACCAGCACCUCACCCAACAAAUCCACCAGCCCCGCAAGUGAGGCUACCGCCAAGCUUACCAUCCCUCCGCUAACUCUGCUACAGUUGGCCCCACAAGGCGCCAGCAAUCUUCCCAGACACAGCUCUACGGUCAGUUUUGUGUUUACCCCCCUCCAAUGGUUAAGUAAGGAUUUGAGGAGGCGAAACUGAUCCUAAAUCUGUGACUAAGGGCAAGCCAAUGCAACGCAUCAUCAAUGAACGACAUCAGCCAACCUAUCACAGCAGCCUACCGACCAACACAACAACCACAAACCAAUCAAAGAACUGGACAACCAAUCAAUUAAGCAUGCAACCAAUUACCAUAAGUGCUCAGGUUACAAGGGAAUCCCCUGUUAAGCAUUCCAUGUGAUCCCACUCUCCUCAUACUUGGGUUAUUAUACUGAACAGAAAUAUAAAUGCAACAAUUUCGUCCUCGCACUGUUAAAUGCGUUUAUUUUCAGCAAACUUAACAUGUGUAAAUAUUUGUCUGGACAUAACAAGAUUCAACAACUGAGACAUAAACUGAACAAGUUCCACAGACGUGACUAACAGAAAUGGAAUAAUGUGUCCCUGAACAAGGGGAGGUCAAAAGUAACAGUCAGUAUCUGGUGUGGCCACCAGCUGCAUUAAGUACUCCUCCUCAAGGACUGCACCAGAUUUGCCAGUUCUUGCUGUGAGAUGUUACCCCACUCUUUCACGAAGGCAACUGCAAGUUUCCAGACAUUUCUGUGGGGGAAUGGCCCUAGCCCUCACCCUCCGAUCCAACAGGUCCUAGACGUGCUCAAUGGGAUUGAGAUCCAGGCUCUUCACUGGCCAUGGCUGUCUUGCAGGAAAUCAUGCACAGAACGAGCAGUAUGGCUGGUAGCAUUGUCAUGCCAGAGGGUCAGGUCAGGGUGAGCCUGCAGGAAGGGUACCACAUGAGGGAGGAGGAUGUCUUCCCUGUAGCGCACAGCAUUGAGAAUGCCUGCAAUGACAACAAGCUCAGUCCGAUGAUGCUGUGACACACCGCCCCAGACCAUGACAGACCCUCAACCUCCAAAUCGAACCCUCUCCAGAGUAAAGGCCUCGGUGUAACGCUCAUUCCUUCAACGAUAAACGCAAAUCUGACCAUCUCUGGUGAGACAAAACCGCAACUCGUUAGUGAGCACUUUUUGUCAGUCCUGUCUGUUCCAGCGACGGUGGGUUUGUGCUCAUAGGCAACGUUGUUUCUGGUGAGGACCUGCCUUACAACAGGCCUAUAAGACCUGUCAAGCAUCUCUCAGCCUAUUGCGGACAGUCAGCACUGACGGAGGGAUUGUGCAUUCCUGGUCUAACUCUGGCAGUUGUUGUUGCCAUCCUGUACCUGUCCCGCAGGUGUGAUGUUCGGAUGUACCGAUCCUGCGCACGUGUUAUUACACGUGGUCUGACACUGCGAGGACGAUCAGCUCUCCGUCCUGUCUCCCUGUAGCGCUGUCUUAAGGCAUCUCACAGUACGGACAUUGCAAUUUAUUGCCCUGGCCACAUCUGCAGUCCUCAUGCCACCUUGCAGCAUGCCUAAGGCACGUUCACGAAGAUGAGCAGGGACCCUGGGCAUCUUUUUUGUUGUUGUGUUUUUCAGAGUCAGUAGAAAGGCCUCGUAGUGUCCUAAAUGUUUCUCUGACCUUAAUUGCCUAUGGUCUGUAAGCUGUUAGUGUCUUAGCGACUGUUCCACAGGUGCAUGUUCAUUAAUUAUGGUUCAUUGAACAAGCAUGGUGAAACGGUAUUUAAACCCUUUACAAUGAAGAUCUGUGAAGUUAUUUGGAUUUUUAUGAAUCAUCUUUGAAAGACAGGGUCCUAAAAAAAGGACUUUUCUUUUUUUUACUGAGUUUAUGUAAUCAUCAGUCAAUGGAAAUAAAUUAAUUAGGACCUAAUCUAUGGAUUUCACAUAACUGGGCAGGGGUGUAGCCAUGGGUAGCCAGGCCCACCCACUGGGGAGACAGGCCCAGCCAUUGGGGAGCCAGGCCCACCCACUGGGGAGACAGGCCCAGCCAAUCUGAAUGAGAUUUUCCAACAAACGGGCUUUAUUACAGUCAGAAAUACUCCUCAGCACCCCCCAGGUGAAGAAGCCGGGUGUGGAGGUCCUGGGCAGGAGUGGUUACACAUGGUCUACGGUUGUGAGGACGGUUGGACAGAUUGCCAAAUUGUCUAAAACAACAUUGAAGGCAGUUUAUGGUAGAGAAAUGAACAUCCAAUUCUCUGGCAACAGCUCUGGUGGAUAUUCCUGCAGUCAGCAUGCCAAUGUCACGCUCCCUAAAAACUAGAGACAUCUGUGGCAUUGUGUUGUGUGACAACUGCACAUUUUAAAGUGGCCUUUUAUUGUCCCCAGCACAAGGUGCACCUGUGUAAUGAUCAGGCUGUUUAAUCAGCUUCUUGAUAUGCCACCCCUGUCUGGUGGCUGCAUUAUCUUGGUAAAGGAGAAAUGCUUACUAACAGGGGUGGAAACACAGUUUUGCACAAAAUAUGAGAGAAAUAAGCUUUUUGUGCAUAUGGAACAUUUCUGAGAUUUUAUUUUUUUAGCUAAUGAAUCAUAGGACCAAAACUUUACAUGCUGCGUUUGUAUUUUUGUUCAGUGUAGUUCUAAGGGAAAUGUCAUAGACCAUACACACAAUCCUCCUUCAUUUCAAGUGUGGUUAUUGUCAACACCGCAUUUCAGGGUUCCAGGGAAAUACAUUUAGGGAAGGAGUAAUUUCCUAAGUUUAUUUAAUAAAGUUUAAAAUUAUAUACUUUUUAUUUUACUCAGUUUGUUUCUUGAGUCAAGUCCUUAGUCAGUGAGUGGACUUAAGCAUUAGGUGUGGUUGUCAUGAAUAAAGAUUUAACUUUAAAAUCA